AUGGAGGACGUCGAAGCGGACCUUCAGGCUAAUGUCCUUGCCAUCCCGACCUUCGAAGCGAUGGGGCUAAAGGACGAACUCCUCAAGGGCAUGUACAGCUUUGGCUAUAAGCAGCCCACCGCGAUCCAGAAACGCUUUAUCCUACCCUUCAUCAAGCGACAAGACCUCGUCGCGCAGGCCUCCUCUGGCUCCGGUAAGACCUCCGCGUUUUGCAUCUGCCUUUUACAGGCCUGCGAUCCACAGCAGCGCGUAACGCAGGCCCUCAUCCUCUCCCCCACCCGCGAGCUCGCCGUGCAGACGCAGGACCUUUGCAACAACAUCGGCCACCACAUGGGGCUCACCGCCUACGCCUGUGUGGGGGGCAAAAGCACGGAGGAGGAUAUGCGGCGGCUGGAGGCCGGCGUGCAGAUCAUCUCCGGCACCCCAGGGCGGGUUUUCGACAUGAUCAAGCGGAAAUGCCUUCGCGUGGAUGCCCUCAAGACGCUCGUCCUCGACGAAGCGGAUGAGAUGCUGGGAAAGGGGUUCAAGGCUCAGAUUCACGAUAUCUACCGGAUGGUACCUCCUCUUCAGGUUGUUCUCGUCUCCGCGACGUUGCCGGCGGAUGUGCUUGACAUGACGGAGAAAUUCAUGACAGAGCCCGCACGUAUUCUCGUCAAGCGCGAUGAGAUCACCGUGGACAGCAUCAUGCAGUACUUCGUUGCGGUUGAUGAGGAGAAGAAUAAGUUUGACACCCUCAUCGACCUCUACGAUUCACUCACCGUCGCCCACGCCGUUAUUUUCUGCAAUACCCGGAAGAAGGUUGAGCAGCUGGUCAAGAAGAUGACUAGGGAAAAAUUCACCGUUAGUGCCAUGCACGGCGAUAUGCCGCAGGCAGAGCGCGAUGAGAUCAUGCGCAACUUCCGUGAUGGGAAAAGUCGCGUUCUCAUCACCACCGACCUUUGGUCGCGCGGGAUUGACGUCGAGCGGGUAUCGCUCGUGAUUAAUUACGACCUUCCUCUCGCACGUGAGCAGUACAUCCAUCGCAUCGGGCGAACGGGGCGGAUGGGACGUAAAGGUCUGGCUAUUAGCUUUGUGAAGCGCGAUGAGCUGCGGCUGCUAAAGGAUAUUGAGCAGUUCUACGCGACCCAAAUUGAAGAACUUCCUGUGAACAUUGGUGAACACUUCUAG